AUGCGAAUACAAUCCAGCCAGACCACCUUCCUCCUUUCCGCCCUCCUGCCCACCUUAGCAUCAGCGGGCACCUUUGACUGUGGCAAGAUCAAGGUGAACAGCAACACUUACGACUUCCUGCCGCUGGGAGGCGUCCACGAGAUCUCCCACGUUAGCAACGGGAACGAGACCAGCGGCUAUGUCACCAACACCACAUAUUUGAUCGAUAUCUGCGCUCCGUUAGGGAAAUUUGCUAGUCAUAAACACCCGCAGGACGGAAACGGCGAUGAGCGAUGGGGUUAUUCGGUUGCCGGAGUGGAAUCGGGCGAAGGUGCCAAGGAGCCCGAGCUCAAGCUGCUGAAAGAGGUCAAUGAGGACCUGCAGGGUCUGCGCCUGAAGAUAGCUGGCGGCAAAUACCGCAGCAGCGUGGAGGCGAAGGAGAAAGCCGCAGCCGCCGUCAUCGAUUUCAAAUGUGACCCGGAUCGGUCUGGAUUGGAGGGUAUCACCACCGUCAAGAACAAUGGGGAAAAGCGUCGGAGGGCCGAGGGUGACGAGUCCUCGACAGACCCGAGUCUGACAUUCAAGAGCUUCGCACCGGAUGACGAUGACACGUAUAUUCUGAAGCUGGACUGGCGUACUCGCGUCGCCUGCGACAACUUCCAGAGCGGCAAAGAAAGCAGUUCCAACUCUGUUUUUCUCGGUGUCGCCGCCUACCUGAUUUUCGGCUCGUGGCUCAACUACAACCGCUAUGGCGCCCGGGGCUGGGACCUGCUCCCCCACGGCGAUACCCUCCGCGAUGUUCCAUAUAUCUUCCAGGACUGGUUCCGUCGUGUCGUGAACACAGUUCAAGGCGGCGGGACGAGGGGUGGGUACAGUGCGGUCUAG